CGGAGCCGCGCUCCUGCCGCUGCCGGCGGGAGCUGUGCGGGGUUCCCGCGGUGCUGCUCCGCUCCGGGCGGACGGCUAAGGCGGCACCAUGAAGAGGAGAGCAGGGGAGCGGGAGAAAGAACUGAAGAUACUGUAUUUGUUGAGUAUAAUGUAACUGACUUGACAGAAGAAGAAAAAACUUCUUGAAGAACUUGGGGAGAAUAGACUUCCAUACCUGACACCAGCCGAUGCUGAUUUCCACCAGCUGUGGAAGAUGAAGUAUUCCAAGCUGAUUUUCAGGAAAUCUGAUACAGUACCUGCAGAACUCCAUCAAAUGGUACAAGAAAGUUUUCUGACCUUGCGAGAACACAACUGCUUCUUUCAAGAUCUUGUAAGGAUCAAAGGAAAAGACUUUCUUACUCCAGUGUCUCGAAUAUUAAUUGGAAACCCAGGAUGCACUUAUAAGUACUUGAACACAAGAUUAUUUACAGUUCCUUGGCCUGCAGAAGGUUAUGAUAUAAAAUAUUGCAGUCCUCAAAUGCAUGAUGCUUGUAAAGCAUUAAUGAGACUUAAUGACUACUUGCAUAUUGAAGCAGUCAAGGCAUUACAAGGACAGAAUUUGUUUGAGACCAAAGAAAUUAAAGAUGCUACUGUAAUAGAUAGGGAGCAAAGUUUUGCUACUUCUCUUACGGAGCAAGGGUCUGUUUCUAAAGAUCAGAGAAGUGUUUGUGUACCAGAGGAUGACAGAAGUCUAAAGAACAGAACAUCUUAUAACUUGACUUUAUUGAAUUAUAUGGAUCCACUACAAAUGAUGUACUUGAAACAAGAACCUUACUUUGGAAUGGGGAACAUGGCAGUGAGCUGGCACCAUGAUGAGAAUCUGGUGGAAAGGUCAACGGUGGCUGUGUACAGUUACAGCUGUGAAGAUUCAGCUGUACAAGAAAGCAAUGAGCAAGGACUGAAGGGAAGAGACCCAGCUGUUUGGCACGUAGGCUUGAAGGUAGCGUGGGACAUAGAGACACCUGGAUUGGCAGUACCACUUCACCAAGGAGACAUCUACUUGAUGCUUGAUGAUCUCAAUAUGACACAUCAGCACUGUGUUCUGGCUGGUUUAUCACCUCGGUUCAGCUCAACUCACAGGGUGGCAGAUUCUUCAAGAGGAACAUUGGAAUACAUACUUGGACAGUGUGAACUGGCACUCCAGAAUUUACAGACUGAUUCUGAUUCAGUGGCUUGGUCUUUGAAAUCACUGGAAGCUGCAGUGGUGAAGCAAGUAGAAGAAAUACAUAAUGAGGUUGAAUUUGAGUGGCUUAGGCAGUUUUGGUUCCAAGGCAAGAGGUAUUUGAAGUGCACUGAUUGGUGGCUUAAGCCUAUGGCUAAACUGGAAGAAUUUUGGAGAAAACUGGAGAUUAUGACAAGUCUGGUCCUCUCUGAAGUUAGAAAAGAGCAGCAAAUUGAGGAACAAAGGAAUGAGACCAUCAGCUGCUUCCUGCUCCUUCUUAAGGAGAGACAAAAGCUGCGUAAAGAAUGGACAGCAAGAUGCCAGUCAGAUGCAGCAGAGAGCUUGCCAGAAGACCAGAAACCAGAAUGCCAUCCCUUCUGGACAGAUGAUGAUGAAUGUAAUAUGCCUCUGCCAUAUGAUCUAGAAGAAGUAAUUGCUUAUCUACAAAAUCUUGUUCAAUGGAUAGAAUAACAAGUGACCUUCCAGCCCAGAAUUAUUGAUGCUGGUCAUCUUGGGAGAAGAUUUGUCAUUAUCAUAAAUCUUUUCAGCAUUAUGAUUCCUUAAUGUGUUAUUUUAUGUGUCAAUGCAGAUUUUACCAGUCUUUACACAGUAGUUUCAUUACUGUCUCAUAAUAAAAAAGACCAGCCCCCAGAUUUACAGAAGCAUGAGUUUUUUAAGGCCUGAAGUCCAGAACACCAGCUUCUCCUCCACUCCAAUUCCCAUUGACCCUACAGCCCAGGGAUAUCUGUGUUUCACAGAAUGACAGAAUGGGUCAGGUUUGAAGGGACUAGUUGUCCCUCUGGUUCAUCUGGUCCAACCUCCCUGCUCAAACAGAAUUACCCAGAGCACAGGGCACUGGGUUGUGUCCAGACAGCUCUGGAAUAUCCCCAGUGAGGGAGACUCCACAUCCUCUGCCCAGUCUGUUCAGUGCUCACACAAAGUCCUUGCUCAUGUCCAGGUGGAACUUCCUGGGCAUCCUUCCUGCCCCUUCCUCUUGUCCCAUUGCUGGGAACCAGGAGCAGAGCCUGGUCCAUCCUCUGACACCUCCUGCAGAUGCUGACAGACAUCAGUAAUGUCCCCUCUGAGCCAUCUCUUCUUGAGGCUGAGCAGGCCCAACUCUGCCAGUGUUUGGACACAUUCCCUUGGUAUCUGAAUUUCAGCUGCCAUGAGUGCCUCGAACUGUCUCUGGCCUGGCAGGUUUGGGCAACCCAAGGUGUAGCUCACACCUGUGACAAGGCAGACUGCAUUAUCUGGGUAUCCUAAUGAGAGGCCAGCUUGGGGUGAGCCUGCUGGACAUCUUCAAAACAGAGCUGGAAAUUCUCUGUCCAGUAACACAGAGGGGCAGGAGAUGCUGGAGAUUCCUUUGUGCAGUGACUCAUUUUUUGAUCAUUUUUUCCAGAUGAGGAAUUCUGUAGGAGCAUUCUAACAUAGAUGCCAAGACUUUCUUACCAUUUUGCCUCAUGGCAAGUGAAUACUGCUAAGAGAGAUUUCUGAUGUGAAUCUAUACCUCCUGGGCUCCCUGGAAUUCAGUUCCUAAUCAUUGCUUUGUUUCUGCAUGUUGUGAAUUCUAUUCUGAGAUCAGGUGUCCCAGUGCAUUGCCUAAAGAGCUGAUGGUCCUAAGUAAGUAAGAUCUUCCAUUUGGGUUGUUUGCUUCCCUGAGAAACUAGAUUUAGAUUGUGUGAUAUUGGGUAUUGCAGCAUCAAGUGAGAUCUACGAGCACAAACCCAGAAAACCGUAAGAAAUAUAGCUGUUUAUGAUGUUUUGUAGUAACAUGCUAUAAAAAGAGCAAUUCUGUGUGGGAUGAUACAGGGCGCACCUGAAUGAGAGAAUUUUGAUUUGGUAAAUUGCUAUUUUAACUGAACUGGUUGGACUGGCGUCCAGCUUUGCCACAAAAAGCAGAAAAUCAUUAUGGUGAAAAUGUACCCAGGCUGUAUUACCACUACAAAAGAAGAUAGUGAGAUUCAGAGUUUGAUGUUGCAACCAAGAAAUGAAUUUGCCUCGUGUGUUAAGUGGUGUUUAAAGUCUCUGCUGAGGCAGGGCUCACCCAGAGCACACCAGCUUUCUGUACUGGCAAAGUGCUGUGUGUGUGGAUAAGGCUUAUGCUCCCAAAAAUUGUACUUUUGACAGUAUAACAUAUGCCAGACCUCCCUGGAGCUAAGGAAACUGUGCCAGUAAAAAUUCAGUUUUAGUGGUAUAAAACUGUGUCCACACCUACCAGCUUUUGCCAGGACAAUUAUAUCAAGUAGAGAUUAUACCUCAUAAGACUUUUAAUAAAGCUGUGCCAGAAAAAGUAUAAAUACCUGAAUCAAGUGUUUCCAUUGUAGUCCUAGCCUUCUGCAAAAACUUUUAGUUUUUUAUAUGUAGAAUAUAAAGACUCUCUGAAGAAUGUUAUUACUUAAACUGGGUUUGAUAAUAUUACCUUGAUCCACACAUUUAUCUGUUGUCUCUUGUGCCGUAGAUUUCAUAACAUUUGGAAAUACUGCUAUGGGCAUAGCUUUCUCUUCCCUGCAGUAGCUAAAGCUGGUUUUACCAGUGGGCAAAUAGCACAUAUUUGGAUUAGUGCCACACUAAACACUGUUUACUUUGGAGAUCCCUUUGAGAAAAGCUAGCUGAAGAUGUGGGAAUUCUGCUUUUGAAAAGGCAAUUCUCAGAAACAGAUAUUGCUUUGGAAAUGAGCAAUAUGAAUUAGACAAGCUGAUGAUAUAACAGUGUUAACACAGUGUUUAGGGGGACUGUUUAUUUAUGCUGUUACUUUAUGAUUACUUUGUGUUUAAUUAAGCGCUGCUAAAAUCCACGGGGAUCACAGUAUUGAAAGGAAUCUGACCACCACAAAGGGUGGAGAAGGCACAUCAAUGAUGUAGUUUGUAGCUGAAGUGGAUGCAAAGCUAUUAAAAAAAUGAUUGGCAAAUAAUUAUUUCCAGCAGCAGUGAAAAUAAAGCCAAACCAAAACAACCUAUUAGGAGACUGCUGGCAGUAAUAAUAGGUUUUUUAGAAUACAUGUUCCCAGGUCUUGCCUAUGCUUGAAGAUUUAAGGUAGUGAAUUAGCUGAACUAGUACUAGUCUCAGUGAAGUCAGAUAGCCCUUAUCUAAGCCAUGGAUAGCAAUGACAUGGACAAAUUAACACCUUUGGAAUGAAUAACACUGAAAAAAUACCAAUAAUCAAGUGGUUUAGGGCUCUGUGUUGCAUUCCAGUCUUGCAUCAUCUAAAUCAGUAUAACCUGAUUGAGUUCAGUUGAAAUGCAGAAGUAUGAGAAGAUUUCAUAUCUCCAAAGCCCACAGGAGUUGAUAGCAAUAACAUGAGCAAGAUGGUGGAAUUGUUUGAAGCACAUAGUAAUGCCAAAGGAUACCCCAAAAGGAGAACACGAAGGUAAAUAUAUAUAAAAACCCUGAGAGAUCAAGUGUAAAUUAGUGCUGUGUUUAGAUUAUGUGUUAGAAGCUGACAAAUACGUUGAAGAUUUCCUUAUUUUAUUCAAGUAGUUAUAAUUUAGCUUGUUUCAAUGAUUCUUUAGCAAUCCAUUUAUAUUCCAGCAUUAGAUAACCCAUUUCCUUUCUGGAUGAGCUGGAGGACACAGCCUCUUAUUAAUGUUCUGUGUAUAGCAAUUGUUUGUCAAGCCUGGAUGCUUUAGAAGCAUGAGGACCAAGGUCAGGUUUUUUCAAGGAAGAGGUGAAAUCAUAAAUUAACUUCUGACAUUAAAUUCAGUGGUUCUUUUAAAAUGGUGAAGUUCACGGCUUUGCUUACAUUUACUUUUCAUCAGCCAGGACUGAAUUGAGGUAAAAUAGUUUCCUUGCACGUGUGUGUCAGGCUAAAUGGAUUGCAGAAGAUACAGAUCUGUUUGCCUGUCUGCACUUGCCUUUAGACAAUAUUCAUCAAUUUUACAAAAGCUACUGACUAAACAUGGAACCAGUACAAAUUAAAUGCUCAAGGCAAGGGCUUUCUUUUAUAAAUCUGAUACAGAGUUGGUUUCACACUGAUAGAAAGAAAAUGUUGGCAGAAAAUGAAAAACUUCUAUUGUUUCUGUAAUUUGGAGGAUGAAAGAUACAGACUAUUUUUAAGUAUUUGAUAGAAAACUGCUGUGUUAUGCAAUGUAAUUAGAAAUGUUUUCAUAAUGCUUUGUUCAUAUCCCUGUAUAUGAAAAUAUUUUAUCCCAUAGGUCCUUUCUUCUGCUGAAAAGGUUAUGUAAAUAAAUAAAAUUAAUCUCAAUACAGUAGAUUUUAAAGGCCUAAUAUUUAUGUUCUAAGCUUUACAGCAGGUUCUGAUUAUUUUAAGGGUAAAUAAGAAUGCAGUGAGUAAUCAGAAACUGAAAACUGUGCAGGAUGGGUAACAUGCACCAUAAUAAAUAUCCUGAUCUGUUGUCUUAUUAUCUAUUAUCAUCUGAAUAUGGUUUUAGGUUCACUUGUAGUGGUACAACAUACACUAUAAAAUCAUGCUGGUCUACUUAAUACAGUGGGGCAGAUUUAGGGAUUCCAUUCAUGUAACAGCACAGAAAUCAAAAGAUAAUUAAAAUCCCUCAUGAAAGGUGACAAAAAUAUUGUAGUGUGUUAAGAGUUGGCAUUGCUCCUUUCUCAGCUAUAGCAGUGCUGUUCCAUCAGUCCAGUGCAGUGGAGUUUGGGCUGUUGGCUAUUAAACCAGGCCAGGCUUAGGCUUCCAUCUAAGCUGGGCUGAGAGCAGGGCAAGAGACACAAGGUGAGAUGCACACAAGACCCAAGGAUGUGCUUUCUCAAGGCCACAACUUCAUUAACUGGGCUCAUAUGGGAGUCAUUGAGCUCCAACUCGUACAGUGCAGGUCAGGAUCUCUCCCUUAAUGGUUACCACCUGGUGCAAAGUUAAUGUUGGCUCCCUAAAUGCCUUCCUGCCCCUGACAGCCAGUCCUCAGCUUUCUGCUGGGAGCUGAACACUGUCAGCUCACACCAAGGUUACAGAGUUGGGAAGAGUGGUUGUUCCACUGUAGCAACGGGGAUGAGAAACUCUCAUCCCCAGCUCCAUGGACUGAGUACUUACAAACAUUCUGCUUCUCAUUUGGGAUUCAAGUUGCUGCAGCUCAUCUUCUGGCCUGUCCCACCAGGACAGUGAUAUGACACAGGGAAGGGUCAGACAAGAAUUCAUGAGGUUCCUCAUCAAAAGCAGACACCCAUUGCACUCCCCAUAAGAGGAGAAAGUUCAGGACUACAAUAACCUGCCUUUAGAGGGUGGGAGCUGCUAGGGAGUGAUGAGGAGCUGUGGCUACACCACCUGUACAGGCAGAGGCAAUCCUGAAUAGAACCACUGCUCUCUUUCCUGUCCAAACUAACUCUUCAACAUGGCUGGGCUUGCACCUUCAUUUACAUUCAUCUGUCCUCUUCAUCUUAGCCUGAGGGCAUUCACUGAACAAAAGAAGAUAAUAUAUACAAUUACAAAAAGACUGUACAUAGAAAGGCUACAGAACUGGCUGAAUAACAUGUAAAAUAAAAGCCAAGAAAUAACUGAUAAAAUUAGCACAUUAAAAUGUUGAUAUUUAGGCAUGAACACUUCACAUGUCAUGGGAACUAUCAUUUCUCUUGUUGGUUAAGAGAUAACAUUCAUAAUCCUAAAGGAUGUAUUAUGCUAUGGUUUACAUCCUCUAAAUCUCCAGUGGUUUUACAGGGCUUGUCCAUGAUGAUCAAGAAUUUGGUUACAAAAGUUGUUCUCCUCCCCCUCCCUAUGGUCAAAUACUUGCUUUCAUGCCAACACAUCUUGGUCUGAUUAGUCCCCUUGAUUACAGGCUAAAGUAAAAAGUCAGGUGUAUAAGAUUCCCAUUAUCCUUUAUUCCACUGCUUCUAAGAACAGGUCAGAUAGAGUUAUUUCAGUGAAAAUGUGAACAAUCAACUUCUGUUUACCAUUAACCUUCAGUUUUCUUUUCUUAAAAUCAAAUCAGGGCUUGGUAGGCAGUUAUUUUCAUACAUGUCCCUUGAUCAGUGGAACAAUCUGUCAAAAGCCAUUAAAGCCUCUAUUAGGUUGAAUUGCAUUCAAAGUUAAGCUUUCCAAUCAUCUGAAGGGCUGUGAUGAUUGUUUUUAAUAUAGUAUACAUUGAUUUCUCUCUCAGAGUAGCAACAUAACUUUGAAACUAAGUGUGUAUGACUUGAGCAUUUUGCUCUCCAGUAUAUCUUGAGAAGCUUUGUUUCUUGUGGAAGAUGAAUGUCUGCAUGAAAAAGGAAAAUAGAAAAUGCAGUGAAAUUACCUCUUUAAUGUCAUAAAUUUUUAACUUUUCCUAGUUCAUUGUAACCCUGAAGAUGUUACAUAUGAAAUAGGAAGAAAUUUUCCAGGGUCUCUUUCCUCAACAGCUUCACUGAAAAAUGUAUCUAAUUGUACUGAUAUUUUAAAAGUGGCACUUUAUCUUAAGAUAUCAGGAUGCUUUACACAGAGAAACUGAGGCAGAGGUGAAAAGUGCAGCUGGGAUCUGAGUACCAACGCUGGAAGGAGUGUUAUGUAACCCCCUGUUGCUGGCAUAUCUCUGUUACUUCCAGUAAUCAGCUCAAUUUACAGAUUAAAGAUGCUCUCACAGAACUUGUUGUCCUCCAAAAUUAUAGCUGAAAGUUGAGCUGGAGUCUGUCCUGCUCAUGUCAUAUUUAGCACAAUAUUUAAUUGCAUAACAUACAAUAAUAUAUCUCAUAUAAUAGAGAUCUUUCAGACCUCCUAAGAUUUGAUUAAAACUUUCCAAUGAAUCUUUUUGUUACAUUCCAAGUCCCUGAGCUCUCAAUGGGAAAGAGAUUUUAUUGGGUUGAAAUGAUUCUGUGGAGAAUAUGCAGUAUAUAAUACAAUAUAAAAUAAUACUAUCCCCACUCUUCUAGAUCUAUUUUAAGUAUUUCCACUGUAUGCCCCAGAAGGUGGUACAACUGCUGUAUUAGGAAACUCCUAAGACAUACCUAAUAAUACCCUGUUGGUAUUUGUGCUAUUUUUACCAAGGUGAAGGUGAGUUGUUGAAGCAAACUGGAAUGCGGGUUAUGCACCUGUUAGCACUUUGGUCUGGUACUUAUUUGGUAGUCUGGUAGUACUUUACUGAGAGCACUCUUUUACUAGCUAUUUUGAUGAACAUCCUAAUAAAUUAUUAUCCAACGUCAAAGAAUUCCAUAAUUCUUCUAUUGCUUUUCUUUUCUAUUGACUGAUGCCCCUUCUUUCCCUUUUGUCUCAAUAUUAACAGUAAUGUUAUUAACAAGUUUUGUUCUUUGUUAGGCUGAUGUGACCUUAAAGUGAGAAAACUUUAGAAUUAUGUGUCAGAUAUUACCUGAAGUACUUUUCUUUUCAAACCAAUUUAUUAGGUUGAUUCCUUUUUUAUUUGGUACUGCUACUUUUUCUUAAGAUCUAUUUAUAGAACUCUGCAAGAUAUACAGUGAUAUGUAAGUUUGUAUUAUGUAUUUACUAAUUUGGUGACAUUUAUCAAAUAAACUGC